AGGCUCAGUGCGGCAGUGGGGCGGGGGUCUCGUUGAGCAAGGAAGGCCGAAGGAGGCUGAGCGCCCGGCAUGCGGGUGCGGGAGCCCGGCGGGCACGGCCGCGGGAGCUGCUGACUACGUAGUGGGGUCGAGAGCCGGUGGCGGCGCGCCGGACAGGUAUGGAAUGAAUUGGUUCAGCGAAAUCACACUUUACUCAAGACGGAAGAUGGUGGGACAGUGGAUUGCAGACUGUGUUGCUAACCAUGGCAUCUGGAGAUGACAGUCCUAUCUUUGAAGAUGAUGAAAGCCCUCUUUAUAGCCUGGAAAAAAUGACAGAUCUUGUAGCUGUUUGGGAUGUUGCAUUGAGUGACGGAGUCCACAAGAUUGAAUUUGAGCAUGGAACCACCUCAGGCAAACGUGUCGUGUAUGUGGAUGGGAAGGAAGAGAUAAGAAAAGAGUGGAUGUUCAAAUUGGUGGGCAAAGAAACGUUCUGUGUUGGAGCUGCAAAAACCAAAGCUACUAUAAAUAUAGAGGCCGUCAGUGGCUUCGCGUAUGAAUACACACUGGAGAUCGAUGGGAAAAGCCUCAAGAAGUACAUGGAGAGCAGAUCCAAGACCACCAACACCUGGGUGCUGCAUUUGGAUGGCGAAGACUUGAGAGUUGUUCUGGAAAAAGACACUAUGGACGUAUGGUGCAAUGGUCAGAAAAUGGAGACAGCAGGCGAGUUUGUAGAUGACGGGACCGAAACACACUUCAGCGUUGGGAACCAUGACUGUUACAUAAAGGCUGUCAGCAGCGGGAAGAGGAGGGAAGGGCUUAUCCACACGCUCAUAGUGGACAACAGGGAAGUCCCAGAGCUCGCUCAGUGACGGCCUGUCAGUGACUUCUGAACUCAAGGGGUCACAUCAGGACUUGCUAACGGCUGUGGUAAUA